UACGAUCGCCCCAGCCUGCACCAGUUGUAUUUUCACUUCGAACUUUUCUUUCACAAACUUUACUUGAGAAGGAAGAAGGAAGAGCAGCGGUUGUAUAACAUGUAGUAUGGCCCUCUUGAAGGUCGGCGUACUAACUGUCAGUGACAGAUGUUCCCGUGGCGAAGCGGAGGACACGAGCGGGCCGAAUCUAGUCAAGCUGAUUCGCGAGGAGUUUGAAGAUGUGGAGACAGCACCCCAGUGCGUUCCAGACAAUCAAGACACGAUUGCGGCAGCGCUACGUUCGAUGUGUGACCGGCAAAAGAUGCGCAUUGUUUUGACCACCGGUGGAACUGGCUUAUCCAGCCGCGACGUCACUCCAGAGGCCACCAGAAGUGUUGUGGAGCGCCUGGCACCUGGCAUCAGCACAGCAAUGACAGUCAAGUCACUGGACAUUACACCAAUGGCCAUGCUUUCCAGGGCUGUGUGCGGCAUUCGCGGUAGCACUCUGAUUUGUAACCUGCCCGGUAGCAAGAAAGCAGCGGCUGAAUGCUUUGACAUUAUCAGACCAGCUCUGCAACAUGCGAAUGACCUACUGGUGGACAACACUGCUGCAGUAACAGACACCCAUGCUGCACUAGCUGGCCAUAGCAUGGAACAUCAUCGCACGCAUGAUGGCCAUCACCAUGGUGAACAUGGUCGUCAUCACCAUGGUGAACAUGGUCGCCAUCACCAUGGUGAACAUGGCCAUCACCAUGGUGAACAUGAUCGCCAUCACCAGGGUGAACAUGGUCAUCACCAUGGUGAACAUGGCCAUCAUCAUGGCGAACAUGGUCAUCGUCAUGGGGAGCAUGGCCACCAUCAUGGUGGUCACGGCCACAAGCAUGGUGAGCCCAGCCAUCACCACGGCGAUCACCACAGUGAUGCUACGGGUGCUCAUCAGUAUGAGCACGGCCAUCGUCAUCAUCACCAGCACAAUCGCCAUGACGAUCCCCACGGUCGGCACCAUCAUCAUGAACACGGCCAUCAUCAUCACCAGCAUCAUGGUCACCACGGUAGUGAUGCUGAUAGUGGUAUUGCCAUUGGUGGUGGUAGUGCUGCUGCUGCUGGUGCUGCUGCUGCUGGUGCUGCUGCUGCUGCUGGUGGUCAUCGUACUCACCACCAUGACUGCCCACACCGCAGCAAGCAAGCAGGUGCUGUGCCUGUGCAGGCCAGUGGCCGUGUGGCACGUCGUGAGCGCUCCUCGCCGUUCCCCAUGAUCCCGAUGGACGAGGCAAUGUCCAGCGUGAUGACCAAAGCCACUCGCCUUGCACCGGUGUCCUUGCCAAUAGCAGACGCUCUUGGCUGUGUUCUGGCAGUGGAUGUUCAUGCCCGUGAUGCUCUGCCACCAUUCCCCGCAUCGGUAAAGGACGGCUAUGCAGUCAUUGCUGCGGACGGCAGCGGGGAGAGGAAAGUCGUCGGACCCGUCAUAGCUGGUGAUUCCCCUCAUGUGACGUUGAGCAGUAGUGAAGUUGCUCGGAUCAGCACUGGUGCAUGUUUGCCGGAAGGCGCUGAUGCAGUCGUGCAGGUGGAAGACACAGAGCUUGUGGAGGAUGCCGAUGAUGGCCGGGUGGAAGUAGUUGUUAAGAUUUGCACCUCGGUCGAUGUUGGCAAUGAUGUAAGGCCGGUGGGUUUCGACAUUGCCCAAGGCGAGCGUGUCCUGACAGCGGGCUGUACGCUGGGUUCAGCCGAGAUUGGCCUACUGGCCAGCAUUGGUGUGGCUCAGGUUGAUGUUCACCGCAAACCAGUUGUUGGUGUCCUCUCGACUGGAAACGAGCUGUGCGAUCCGGCCACUGACACGUUGCCCGGUGGUCAUAUCCGUGACAGCAAUCGAGCCAUGCUCAUGGCAGCUGUGCGGGAGAAAGGAUUCACGGCGUUGGACCUGGGUAUUGCCAAGGACAGCUUAGAAGCGCUCGGUGAGACCAUACGUGCAGCUCUGGAGCAAGUCGACGUGCUUGUCACCUCCGGCGGUGUUUCAAUGGGAGAAAAGGACUUGCUGAAAGCUGUGUUGACGAGCACGUUUGGAGGCACGCUGCACUUCGGCCGCGUGCAUAUGAAGCCAGGGAAACCAACAACGUUCGUCACCAUCCCGGCCAAGGAUGACCGAGCAGAGAAGUUGGUGUUUGCCUUGCCUGGUAAUCCUGUCUCGGCCCUGGUCACGUUCCACUUGUUCACCGUGCCCGCUCUCCGCUGCAUGUCUGGACUAGCACGGCCGACACUACCCUGUAUACACGUCAAGUUGUCACACCGGGUCACACUUGACCCUCGCCCCGAAUAUCAGCGUUGUGUUGUCCGCUUCAGCACAGCGUCGGCAUCAGCGGCCAAUGGCCAGGGCCAUAGUUCGCCCUAUCCCGAGGUUUCCACCACCGGCAGCCAGUGCAGUAGUCGUUUGCUAAGCAUGCGCAGUGCCAACGCCCUUCUUUGCCUGCCGCCACGCUCGGCUGAAGUGACUGAACUCAGCCCGGGCAGCAUUGUUCAAGCUCUCUUAAUUGGAGAGCUGUAAAGAACUUUAUCGUGAGAAAUUUACACGUUCCAGUGCCAUGCAAGAACUUUUGUCAUAAUAAAAUCUGGCCUUUUAGAUCUAUUAGUGCUGUUGUUUCUUAACCCUGUUUGUAGGUCUGCUGGCAGACUAGUACAAUGUAGUAUGGAGGUUUGCAUGCUAUUUUGUUAAUUUUGUUUUUACUCCUCACCCAAGGCUAGUAGUGCAACCUUUGCAGUCCACUCUCAAGCGCACACCAGUUGGCUACCGACCGAUAUUCAUUGUUAGUUCGCAGAGGUAUGCCGGAUUGUAGGAGUUAUUCCCUUGGAUGAUUGUAGUGACUUUACUUCCUUUACGCGUGGGGUUGCGUUUUUUGCCCAUCUUGCCAAAUUUCAAAUCUAGUAUUCUGCGAACUCC